AUGGGUUCUAAACAAAAGAAGCCACAUGUAUUGUGCAUACCAGCCCCAGCACAAGGCCAUAUUAACCCAUUCCUAAAACUUGCCAAAAUCCUUCACUCGAAGGGCAUCCGUAUCACCUUCGUCAACACGGAGUUCAACCACCAACGCCUCCUCCGAGCUCAGGGCUCCGACGCCCUAAACGGCAUCCCUUCGUUCUGCUUCGAGACCAUUCCCGAUGGCCUUCCGACACCUGAGAACCUGGAUGCUAGCCAAGAGGUGGUACCCCUAUGCAAGGCCAUGGAUGAGCUGUUUUUGGAUCCAUUUAAAGCUCUUCUUACCAAACUGAGUGCUUCUGAUUCACCUGUGACUUACAUAGUGGCUGACGUCGUUUUGGGCUUCACUCUUGAAGCCGCUAGGGAGAUGGACAUCCCUGAGAUACUCUUCUGGACCGGUGGAGCUGCUUCUUUGUUAUGUUUCGAGCAAUACCCUAAUCUUUUGGAUAAGGGUUUGAUGCCUCUUAAAGAUUCGAGUUUUUUAGCAAACGGGUAUUUGGAUACGAUCUACGAUUGUAUACCUUCGAUGCCCGGUAUACGUCUAAAAGAUAUUCCUCCGUUCAUUAGAAUUAGCGACCCCGGGGAUGAAUACAUGGUUGAAUUCUUUUGUAGACAAGUAGCCAGAGCGAAAACAGCUACCACCAUCAUUUUCAACACUUAUCAUGAACUAGAAUCCGACAUCUUCGACACACUUUCUUCAAUAUUUCCUCCGUGCUACGGAAUUGGCCCUUUGAAUUUACUCGAGAAGGAAAUCGUUCAUAACCAUUUAGAAUCCAUCAAAUCGAACCUUUGGAAAGAAGAGGUAGAAUGUUUAAAGUGGCUAGACUCCAAAGCACCAUCGUCAGUGAUCUAUGUGAAUUUUGGUAGUGUCGCGGUGCUAACACCUCAACAACUAGCCGAGUUUUGUUGGGGACUCGCGAAGAGCAAUUAUUCAUUCUUAUGGAUCGUACGAGAAGACCUCGUGAUCGGUGACUCUUCUGUGCUUCCUCCGGAGUUUUUGGCAGAGACAAGCAGUAGAGGGUUGUUGGCUAGUUGGUGCCCCCAAGAAGAUGUUCUCAAUCACGAAUCAAUAAGAGGGUAUCUAACACAUAGCGGAUGGAAUUCGACGAUAGAAAGCAUUUCCAGUGGAGUCCCAAUGAUCUGUUGGCCGUUUUUUUCGGACCAACAACCGAAUUGUUGGAUGUCAUGCAACAUGUGGGGGGUCGCCAUGGAAAUCGACAUGAAUGUAAAGAGCGAUGAAGUUGCGAAACUAGUGAUUGAGAUGAUGAAUGGAGAGAAGGGAAAAGAGAUGAGGAAGAAUGCCAUUGAAUGGAAGAAGAAGGCUGAAGAGGCAUGUGCCUUUCCGUACGGUUCAUCCAUGGUUAAUAUGGAGAAACUGGUUCAUAUGCUCCAAACAUCUCCAAAAUAAUCCAUAAAUUUAUUUGAGAUGCUUGUGAGUUAUAUUUCUGUUACCAUGUCUUUUAGAAGUGAACUUUAUUUUGCUUGUAUCAAAUCAUCAUUGUAUGUUUGAA